AGGUCGUCGUUCUCCUUUUGCGGGUUCCACCCCUUGAGUCCGACCCAAGAUUUCUUGGGGUAGCCUCGCCUCGAAUGGUUCCAGCUCAUCCACACCCGCACCGGAUUUUCACCCCAAGAAAGCACUCUAACCUCGACGUGGCCAGAAUGAAGGUUCUCGAACUAUAGGUCCCGCCCACCCCGGGCAGUAUAAAAGUUCUCGAGUACAGGUCUGGCGAACAGAGCAAAAAGAACCCCAAAGGCAGCGUCUGCUGCAGAUACCCCUUUGAUGUGAGUCAUGGUAGCGCCUAUGAAGGGCCAAGUGUGUGUGGUAACUGGUGCCUCCAGGGGUAUUGGCCGUGGCAUUGCCCUACAGCUAUGCAAAGCAGGUGCCACAGUGUACAUCACUGGCCGCAAUCUGGACACCCUUAGAGCUACUGCCCAGGAGGCACAGUCCCUCGGGGGCCGGUGUGUGCCAGUGGUGUGUGAUUCAAGCCAGGAGAGUGAAGUGAAAAGCCUAUUUGAGCGAGUUGAUCGGGAACAGCAGGGACGGCUAGAUGUGCUGGUCAAUAAUGCCUUUGCUGGUGUCCAGGCAAUCCUGAACACCAUCAAUCAGUCAUUCUGGGAAAUACCUGCCUCCAUUUGGGAUGAUAUAAACAAUGUUGGACUCAGAGGCCACUACUUGUGCUCUGUGUAUGGAGCACGGCUGAUGGUACCAGCUGGCAAAGGGCUCAUCGUGGUUGUCUCCUCUGCUGGGGGGCUGCAGCAUAUGUUCAAUGUCCCUUAUGGUGUGGGCAAAGCUGCGUGUGACAGACUGGCUGCUGACUGUGCCCAUGAGCUACGGCGUCAUGGAGUCAGCUACGUAUCUCUGUGGCCAGGGAUGGUGCAAACGGAAAUGGUGAAGGAAUUUAUGGCAAAAGAGGAUCAACCUGAGGACCCUGUGUUUAAGAAGGUCAAAUCAAAUUUCUCAAAGGCAGAAAGCCCAGAGAUGAGUGGCAAGUGUGUGGUGGCCUUGGCAACAGACCCCAAGAUCCUGAACCUGAGUGGGAAGGUGCUGCCAUCCUGUGACCUUGCUCAGCGCUAUGGCCUUCAGGAUGUAGACGGCCGCCCUGUCCAGGACUACUUUUCUUUGGGCUAUGUUCUUUCACAUGUCUCCAACCUGGGAUGGCUGACCUCCUUCCUGCCUGGCUUCCUCCGUGUGCCCAAAUGGGUUAUCACCCUCUACACCAGCAAAUUCUGACCUCCUGGCCUGAUAGAUCUCAGCCCUUCUGGGUUCUCUUCUCAUUGAGGCUCAGGUGGCUGGGCUGCCUCAGUGGAACAAAGCAGCUUCUCACAUACCCAUGUCCUCCUAUGAAGAGAAGGUGGCUUCUGGGUGCCUGGUCGGUUCUUUAUGCCUUGGUUUUCCCUGUUCCUGCAGCUUAAUAUUUUGCUUCAAUAUUGAAAAGUGCUUAUAAAUAGAAGCUGAUAAAAUUAAAAUUAAGUGGUAAAUAUUUGAGAGAA